UUGGUUCAAAAUGGCGGCGUUCUGAAUAUUUUCGAAGCAGUGCGAAGGAUAUUGUGUGGUGUUCCUCGUUCACAAGGGGUAAUCUUCAGUGAAAUGGAUGACUUCAGGCAGGUGUAUGUUCGUCUCUGCAAGGACAACCACGUGGAAGCCCAAGAUUGUAUUGUGGAGAAACUUAAAAGUUUGACUCAUGCUGGCAGUAAGGGGCGGACAACUCUCGACCUAUCUACCAACAGCCUUACUGCGAAGUCCUGUGCUGUUCUGGGAAAGGUCAUUGCACCUGAUCGGACGUUUACAGAGUACAAGUUUGCUGACUGUAUGCUCAGUGAGGAUGCUCUCAAAGGUCUGUGUCAAGGAUUCAUCCACAAUUCCUACAGUAAAAAGCUGGAUCUGAAGGGAAACAACAUUCGAGGUGCAGGAACAGAAACUCUUGGGAAGCUACUGCGACAGAAUCAUUCCAUUGUCGGCCUGUGCUUGGAAUGGAAUGCUAUGGGUAUGCUGGACAUGGCAUUUGCUGCAUUCUGUGAUGGCGUUGGCUCCAACUCUUCCCUCCAAGCUCUGGACCUCCGCAACAACCAGAUCAACCAUGAAGGGGCUUCCGAGCUGGCUGCUAACCUCAAACGCAAUACAUCUCUCAGGGCUUUAGAUCUCCGGUGGAACAAUAUUGGUUUGUUGGGUGGACGAGCCCUCAUUGAAAUGCUGAAAUCCAACAAAACCUUAUCUCGCCUUGAGUUGGCGGGCAACAAUAUUCCUUCGGACAUCCUCAAAUCUAUAGAAACUGCUGUGGACAACAAUGCUGACCGUCAGCUUCUGACGGAGAGUCAUCGCAAACAGACUCACAGUCUGUCAAAACACAUCAGUCAGCUUGAACAUGACAAGCAUCUCCAGAUCGGGGAUCUGAUGGACACGCUGGACAAGCAGGAGCACCUGAUCCGCAAGUCCAAGCGAACUGCAACCCAGAGAGUAAAUUCUCUACAAGAAGCCCUAGAAGAUAGAAAAGGGGCUUUCAACUCAUUAGCAGCAAAAUUGUCCAUGACAGAGUCGGAGCUAGUCCUGGCUGAGCAGAAGGUCACUGACUGCAAUCUUGUCAUCAACAGACUGAAGAAUGAUCUGUCGGAGAGUGCAGCUUCCCAUGUGUCAGAGAUGCGUCAAGAGAGGGAGGACCGAGCCAAUGACGAGAUGAAGCUUCUGAAGGAGCUGUCUGAGAGUAACGACAAAAACAUCCAGCUGCAGACCAAGGUCGAUGACCUUGACCGAAAGUGUCGGAAUCAGCAGGAGCAGGUGUUUGAACUGAAGGAGCAGAUAACCCAUCUCCAGGCUGAGCUCAAGCUGAAGGGCACACAGUUUGAUGACCGACUGCAGCAGGAACGGCAGAGACAGAAGGAUGCUGUGAGGGACAUGGAGCAGUACAAGCAGAAGGAGAUCGUGCGGACAAAGCAGGAAGGGGAUGAUGUGGAGAAGGCCUUGAGGGACAGGAUCCAGAAGCUGGAAGAGCACAGGAUGGGCCUGGAGGAAGAAGUUAGUCGGCUGAAGACAGCAAACAUGUCCGACCGCAUGACGGCCGAGGAGCAGCUCACACACACCAAACAGAGGAUCAAGGCGGAGGAGGAGCAGCGUCAGAAGCAGCUGGAGGAGAAGAUCCGUGUGCUGCAGACGUCUAAGGAUGAGCUGAAGAGUCACUGCAACCAGCAGGCCUCGUUGGUGUCGGAGCUGCAGUGCAAGAACUCCAACCUGACGCUGGAGCUGGAGACGCACAAGAGGAGGCUGGAGGAGAUGGGACAGGAGCUAGCUGAGAAGAACAACAUCACCCUUGCUGAAGUGAGCAAGGUGAAGAUGGAUCUAAACAGUUCUGUCAACAAGCUGGAAGAGGAGCGCCAUCUUCAUAACACGCUACGGGACAAGCUCAGUCAGACAGACAGACAGCUGUCAGAGCUGAUGCUGAAGAACCGAGAGCAGGUGGAUCACAAGGAGCGGGAGAUUGUGAGUCUGGAGGAGCGACUGCGAGCCCGGGAUAUGGAGAUCGCUCGCAUCAAGGAAGAGGAAGUUCAGAGGGCACACAUGCUGCAGUCAGCCAUCAUGAACUAUGUGUCCAAGACUCCUUACUCCUCCCCAACAAAAUGAUCUCAACUGUCGUGUCCAUAGUGACUGAUUGAAACCUCAAUGGUUAAACAGGAAUACCCUCUGCAAGUCUGUCUGGUCUACAGAUUGUUCUGGCUAUAUGGCAUAACUAGAUUUGAAAAGUACUCCUUCAAGAUUAUCACUUGUCUCAGGACAAGCAAAUUGUUGACUAAUGUGUCAUGGAUAGGUGUCAAGGGCGAUGCAAUUUGAUGUUCAGAGUUGCUUCCCUUUGGCAAACCAGAAACACUGAAUCAUAGGUUCAAGUCCUAUAUUCUGCCUGAUUAGCUUUCCAGAUUUGUCACCUUCAUACCCAUGCAAACAAGACCUGUAUCACAAGGCUCUCUACCACCAUCAAGUAGCAUCCAUAUUUACAUAAAAAUAAUGUUUAAAGUGGUGAUACACCACUCUCAAUCAUUAGGCUAAAUGAUGGACAGAAGCAACAUACUUGUAUAUAGCGGACUCCUCGUUCACUACCGUUCAAAAUUGAAUUAGUUAUUAUUUUGGAUUGGGGGACCUGUUUUGUCAGCUUUAAAUCUGUUGUAUGCUUGGUAAUAAGGACAGAUUCUGCUGUGUGGUGUAUAUUUCUUGUGGAAGCUUAUUAGUAUGCAUUUUGUUUCUGUGCUAGACUAUCAACCAAAUAAGUAACACAGGUGCUAUCAGCACUGCCACCCAUGACUGUUGAAUCGUAUAAGGAGGAGGGAGAGUUUCAGCGUGAUUUAACUGUCAAACUAUAGGGUUGUGCCAAAAGAAGACCUUGAGUGCAUGGGUUCAGAUAGAACAACACCAUGUUGCCACAAACGUAUAUCAAUAGUAUUAUACAACUGAAGUGUUGGUCUGCUUUCUUCAUUGGCUUUUUCUUAUCAGACACGCAUUUCAGUGCACAAUGUCAACAGAUAUUGGCAUGCAAGAAUUCAGUGAUUAAGCUUGCACAUUGUGGAAUAAUACUGAAAGGAGUUUGCAACAAAAAAUCUCACUGAAAAACCUGCAAAAUAUUGAUUCUCUUAUGUAUACCAAUUUUUCUUAUCACCUGACAUUAACAGGCUCAUGAUGUAUUACAUAUCAGGGCUGAGGUCAACAGUUAAAACUGUCAUGAACUAUGGAGCGUUUAUCAUGAACUGUUGAAACAUAUAGAUGACUAUGUGAGUAGUGUACGAUCUCAUUAACAUCUGAUCUUGGACCUUUCCUCUGACCGAGCCAAGUGUCACUUACCACAUCAGGAAAUGCGAUGUACUUUCUAUUCAUGCACCCUCAACAUUAUUGGGAAGUACUGUCAUUAUUUCUGCUAUCUAUAAGUUUUCAUUUUGUGCUCUAAAGCUACUUCCUGACUAGCUCUUGUUAGUCAUUUCAUUGGUUUCAACUUUAAAUUCAGUGAGAUACAUGUACAUAGUCUACUACAUGUGUAAUGAUGUACAGAGAUUAUAUAUCAUGUAUACUGAUCCGUCCAUUACAACAGUCUUAUGUUCUUUCAACUGAGUUGUCACCAUAUCAUGAAGCCCUAACAAAUGUGACGCGUAGGAAGACCAAUUGAGAAAACAGUUCCGUAGACAUACUGAUGAGUAACACAUUAUAAUCACUUUACUAAUUAGUUUUUUCAACAUACCUGUGUUAUGAUCCCAGGGAUCCUGUUAGAAUAGGUCCCAAACAAUCACCACAUGUAUUAGGUCAGACUCAGUUACAACCCAGUGAUAUGGAUUGGUGCUCACAAUAUCGAUCACUGGACCAGACUUUAAGUAGGAUGUCCUUUAACAAACUUGGUUAUAAGGGCAGACAACUUGCUUGUGGCAGUUACACAUGAGUUAACCAAGUGUCAGUUAUGUCCUCUCCUACAUCGCAAAGUGACAUGUAAUAACGUCUUCAUACUGAUCUGUUAUUUUAUGCUCUACACAAACAUGUACAUUUUCUGUGAUAUCUUAAAUAUGAAUAUUUACAUUUUAGUAUAUUGUUAUUAUAUCACUAUCACAUUAUUGCAUUAAAAUAUGACAAGUA